AUGGCUCCAAUGGCAAAGAAGGUUUCAUUCAAAGGCUUGUUCAUCAUUAUAUCAUCCACCUUGAUCAUUUUAAAAAUGAUAUUUUAUAUAACAUCUACUUCUUUAACCUCAAAACUGAUGAUGCAUGACCAUGAUGAUCAUCACUUUGAUUUGAAACAAAGACUUGAGCAACCUUCUGACAUCUUUAACUCUCACAUCGAGCAGACGCCUAGAAACGGCAGCAACGGCGGUGAUGGAAGCGUGCCGGAGGUACAUGAGGAUGAGGGUAGUCAGCUAUCAGAUGGAGGUUCUACGCCCUCAAAAGUAGAGGCUUUGAAUGUCAAAGAAGUAUACCAUGACAAGGACAUGUUUUUGGAGAACUACAAAGAAAUGAACAAAACCAUGAAAAUCUACAUUUACCCACACACAAAAACCGAUCCAUUUGCCAAUGUUUUCUUCCCCAACAACGAUGGUUUGCCAGGGGGCAACUAUGCAAGUGAAAGUUACUUCAAAAUCGCACUCUCUUUGAGCCAUUUCGUUACACAAGAUCCAUCUGAAGCUGACCUAUUUUUCUUGCCAUUUUCAAUUGCAUGUAUGAGACAUGAUAAAAGAAUUGGAGUCGAUGGGAUCAAAGACUUCAUCAAAGACUAUCUCUUUAGCAUCAGUCGUAAAUAUCCGUUUUGGAACCGGACAGGUGGCGCUGAUCAUUUCUAUGCUUGCGAGCCCCCCAUGCUCAGGAUUUCCUGUCUGUUGUUCCCAUCGAAGGUUUAG